AUGCUUUGUCUGGAGGUCACUGGCCUUACAUUGUCCGAUGUUGUUCUGGGUGGAGUUGAUAACAACACCAAGUACCUGUUGUUUUCCCUCAGAUAUGAUCCCCACACUAACCAGUGGAGUAGCGAUGUGGCCCCGACCAGUUCGUGUAGGACCAGUGUGGGCGUGGCAGUCUUGGGGGACUACUUGUACGCAGUAGGGGGUCAGGACGGUGUUUCCUGCCUCAACUAUGUCGAAAGGUAUGAUCCUCAGACCAACAAGUGGGCCAAGGUUGCUUCCAUGAGCACCAGGAGGCUGGGAGUGGGCGUUGCCGUCUUGUGUAGCUUCCUGUAUGCAGUUGGUGGCAGCGAUGGCACUUGUCCCCUCAACACAGUGGAGCGUUAUGAUCCUCGGACAAAUCGCUGGACCCCUGUAGCUCCGAUGGGUACACGGCGGAAACACCUGGGUGUGGCUGUGUACAACAACAUGAUCUAUCGCCGUGUAGGCGGCGGGCGACACCACAGAGCUCAGUAG